AACUGUUAAAAUUUGAAAACCAAAAAACAGUUAAAAGAACAUAACGAAAGUGCGCAUGAACGUCACACGUAACCACUGAAAGCAAUAUGGCAGCAUUGUGGCCUUUAAUAGUUUGACAGCUUUCAUGGUGUAUUCUUCCAGCACAAGCUAAUUUGUACAAGACAAAAGUAUGAGCACAACUACCCCAUGGAACAGUUCUGCAGAAGGGGUGAAAGGAAAUGUUAAACUUUUUAACCCAGGAGAAUUUCAGCAAAAUGGACCAUUGCCACAGACUGAUGGAAAUAUAAUAGACCAUAAUAACCCAUCCAGUUGGGGCCAUGGAUGGGGAAAUGACAAUCAAUAUGGACAAUAUAAUGGAAUGCAGCAGUCAGAUCAAGACCAAGGUCAGCAAGGUCAAGUAGGCUAUCAAGUUCCAGAGCAUAAUCCUCAACAAUUUUAUCAUUUAAAUCCAAGUAUACCACAGCAACAGUCUUAUAAUCAAGGUUUGUCAUAUGACCCCCAAGGACAACCUUUUCAGCCAUAUAACCCAAAUCAAGCACAGCCUGUCCAACAAUAUGACCCAAAUCAAGCACAGCCUGUCCAACAAUAUGACCCAAAUCAAGCACAACAUCUUCAACAGUAUGACCCAAAUCAAGUACAGACUGUUCAACAAUUUGACCAACAAGGAGAAACAGUUCAGCAGUUGAAUGCUGAAGCUCAGGCAUUUCAACCAUAUGGAUCUCAGGCAUAUCAAAAUUAUGAUGGACAGGGUCAGUUUAAUAACCAGAAUUAUGAAUGGAAUCAGUAUAAUUAUGGAUAUCAACAAAACUGGAAUAAUACUGAAGCCCAGCAGCCAGCUGGGACAGACAUUGUAGAAUCAGGUCAAAAUUCUGACUCAAAUGUUCAAAGUGAUAGUCAGUCUCAAAAUACUAACAAUGAAAAUUAUAUAAAUACUGACUCAACAGAGAGUGUGUACAACACAAAUGCAUUAAAUGCAGAAAAAGUAAAUAAUGAACUCAGUCCAUCAGGGGGAGAUAACCAACAUUUAGCUAGUAGUGAUGCUAGAUUGUCAAAAGAAUUGGACCCAAAUUUACAUGUACCUCAGUCUGAUAUAAGUAGUGAAAGUUUAGUAACUUUGAAUAGUUCUAGCACACAACUUGUUGAAGAAAAUGUUCAAUCAUUUGAAAAUCAAAUGGGAAAUAUGUAUGUUCAGGAAAAAUCAAAUGAGGAUGAUAGAAAAGUUGAGGAUAUAAAUCAUUCAGCAAUAGAGGGUCAAGGCUCUUCUGUUGAUGGCAAUCCUAAAGUGUCAAAUGAGUCAAAAGAUUCUCCUGUAAAUUCACAGACUUCUGAUGAUUGGGAAAUGGUGCCUUCUGCUCACAAUUUACUAGCACCCAGUAAUCACAGCCGCCAAGGUUCAACUGAUAGUAGUGCAAAUGUGCAAUUUUUUAUUGGCUCCACUAAUAUAUCACCAUCUGAGACACCAGAUACUGCAGAAACUGGUCAUACUGAGAACAAACCAGCAGAGGGUUCCCCUCCACAUAAUCUAAUACCAAAACAUUCCUCAUCUCCCAUGCCUCCAAGAAAUAAUAUUCCUGAAAGUACUGGUCUCCCACCAGUCUCAAUAAACCAGCCAGCUCCAACAGGACUAGGGGCAUCUGGAGGGAACCCUUUUAGAAAAGGAAAGGGUUCUGAUAACAGGACUAGCCAUAGUCCUAAUGUAUUGAAAAAUACUGAACAUGUAAGUCAAAAUGUGACUAAUUCACAAAAUGAAGGACUAAAGUUAGAUAUAAAAGCUGCAGAUUCAGGAUUUCCUAGUCCUAUACAAGCUGUCACAGAGGAUAUCCAUUCUCAGGAUCCUCCUACUCAAAGUCCUAUCAUGCCAAGGAAGGAAAGCCCAUUUCAACCACCUAGACGUAGAAAUCUGUCACAGUCAAGUAAUUCAUUUGACGACGAGAAUAUAUCUGAUCCUCGACAUGUAAGUGGCAGUAUAUCAGAUCAAUAUCAGAGUAGCAUGGAUAGAAAAUCAGGGGAUAGAAAAACUGGACCAAUGAAAGCAGAUAGAACUUUAGGAUCUAUUUUACCUCCUCAAUCAGCAGGUAGACAACAUGAUUCUUCUAUUGACUAUAGUAAAUUUUCAAGCCGUGGGAAAGAUGAAAAAAGACCUCGUUCACCAUUGAGUUCAAGUUCAAGUAGAAGUUUAAGUGGUAGAUUAACUCCUACCAAACCACCAACAGGACGAACAACACCCACAAAAUCAACAAAUGGUAGAACCACACCUGGUCGUAAUACACCAAGUCGACGAAUGGAACAUGCAGCAUACCAAAGAGCUAUGGAGCGUCGAAAGAAGGAAAAUGUCUCGCCUGCAACCUCACUGUGGGCGAACAAUGAUAUUGUUCCUAAAAGCAACAUAUUACUUGCUCCUGCUGCUCCAAUGCAGGUUACAAGUGCUACUCCAGUUUUUGGUAUUGUGGCUUCAAAAGGUAGUGGUGAAACUAGAGAGGUCUUGUCUCCUGUUCAAAAUCUUAUCACAAGUAUGAGUGAUCACCUGUCUAGAGAGAACUCACCUGAAAAAGACACAAGUAAAUUGAAAACAAAUGAAAGGGACAGGCGAGAGAAUACACAGAGGGACAGACAUGAAAGGAAUUCCUCUAUUGACAGAGAAAUUGAAAUGACAAAAAGAAUGGAAGAUAGAGAAAGGGUACUUGAAAACAGUCGAGAAAGAUCUUAUAAAGAUGAUAAAAAUUACCGAGGCCCAGGUCAAGAUGACAGAUACAAGGAUGAACGUUACCGUGAUUAUCGGGACAGAGACAGGGAAAGAGAGUAUGAACGAGACAAACAAAUUGAAGCUCAUUAUCAACGGAAUAACAAGGCAAAGGAUCCUUAUUACAGCGAUGAUAGAUAUGAGAGGUCAAGAUCAAGGCAGUCAACAAUUGAUGACAGACCACAGGAUAGAGAGGCUUACUACAGAUAUGGUCGAGGUUACUAUGAUUACUAUGGUAACAACAGACAGUAUGGUUACUAUGAUCAAAGAUAUACAGAUUACUAUGGCGACGCUCGCUAUAGCAAAGGUUACUAUGAUGAGUAUUAUAAUGGACAGUAUCCUGACAAUUAUGACAGAAUGUCACAUUAUGAUUACACAUGGCAACAAGCUGGGUAUUAUGACCAAUAUGGUCGACAUGAUGAUACUUACAGUCAGAGAAGUGGCAGUCGUGUUCAUACGCCAGUGUCAGAUUCAGGCGAUCAACUGUAUCCUGCUUCCAGAUCAUCGAGUAGACAAGGCUACGAGGAUUAUCAUAAAGGACAAUAUGAUCCAUAUUACUAUGGUUACCAAGAUUACUAUAAUAACAGUUACGCUGAACCUGAACCCCCAGGUAGGAUGACCCCAGAGAAGUACACCCUCCCACACAUGUGUGCCAGGUUUGGUCCAGGUGGACACCUGAUUAAAGUGAUGCCAAACAGACCAAAGGAAGGACAGACAGCUACAGUAGAAGUACAUGACAUCAGUAUGAUGUUGGAAGAUAGACCGGAAGUGGAAGAACUCAAAUGUUUCCCUGGGCCUCUUGUUAGAGGUGACACCCAUAAAAAUGAUGUUUUAUCAUUUUGUCAACAGAAAGCUAAAGCUUGUUCAGAGAAUAUUAACAUGACGGACCGAGAUUCUGCAGAACUUCUUUGGAAACUGUUGGAAUUAUUGAUUAAACAAAAUGGAAUGAUAAUAGGAACAGAUAUAGCAGAUUUGUUGUUAGCAGGUCAUGAACCCACCACAAUGGAAUAUAGUAUAAUGGGAAUGAAAAUAUCUAACAGUACGGACAAUCUAGAUGAUUUAGAUGAGACAAAUGAUAUAUCAACUGUAACAAUGGACCGAUCUGUUGUCAACAAACAAAGGUCAAGAGAAGAGGUCACAGAUAGAUUUAGACAUUUAUUAUUGUAUGGAAGGAAAAAGGAUGCAUUAGAGUGGGCUAUGAAGAACAACCUCUGGGGCCAUGCCUUAUUCCUAGCUAGUAAAAUGGAUACCAAAGCACAUGCUAAUGUGAUGACAAGGUUUGCCAAUAGUGCUAUGAAGAUGAAUGACCCCUUACAAACACUGUUUCAACUCAUGUCAGGUAGACAACCAGCUGCAGUCUCUUGUAUAACUGAUGAGAAAUGGGGAGAUUGGAGACCACAUUUAGCAAUGAUGUUGUCUAACCAGACACACAAGGCAGACUUAGACAGAAAAUGUAUAAUGACAAUGGGGGAUACUUUAGCCUCCAGAGGAUUUUUACAUGCUAGUCACUUCUGUUACUUGAUGGCACAAGCAGGAUUUGGUUCCUAUCAUAAAAAGACUUCUAAAAUGGUGCUAAUAGGAUCUAACCAUAGCUUGUCGCUGUCAGAGUUUGCUACUAAUGAAGCUAUACAGUGUUCUGAAGUGUAUGAAUAUGCCAUGUCUCUUGGUAAUAGUUCAUUCUUCUCACCUAAUUUACAGUACUUCAAAUAUCUAUAUGCAUGCAGAUUGGCAGAAAAUGGAUUUGCUCAGCAGGCAUUGGAAUAUUGUGAAGUUAUAGCAAAAUUUAUAAAUAUUUCACCUACAGUCUUUCAACCAACACUUGUCAAAUUAGUAUAUGAGCUUGCCAGUCGGUUAAAGAAAUUUGACCCAGAGCAGCAACAAGUUGGAGAGGAUAGUGAGGAUCCAAUGUGGUUACAACAUUUAUACAGAAUAAAUCAGGGAUAUGAGGAUGGUUCCAUACAGCCAUUAUCAGGAAGUGUCACACCAUAUUGUUUUGUUGGUACCAGAUCAAGUAGUGCUAGUGGAGAGGUAGCAGGACUGACUGAAAUGAAUAUGAUGCAGUCAGGGCAUUAUACAGGAAGUAGUCCCUACCCACAAAGUCAAGGUCAGCAGAUUUACAACCAAGGAUAUAGUGUUGAUCAGACUCAAAAUCAAAUGUAUGCAAGUGAUCAGACACAGUACCAAGGAAAUGUGACUAAUCAGGCUCAGAAUCAGGGUACACCUGAUCUCAUGCAAAAUCAAAGUCAGCAAGGAGAGAUUGUAGAAAAUCAGGGUUAUAGUGGAGACCAGUCACUGGGUUACCAAACUGGGCAACAGCAGCAAACAGUUGAUCAAGGUCAAAGUUAUCAAAGUCAAGGUUAUACAAAUCAAGGACAGAUGUACCAAAAUCAGCAGGCGAAUUAUCAGCAGAAUCAACAGUACACUGCACAGGAAGGACAAACAGGUUAUCAGUACCAACCUCAUGAUCUUGCAUCAGUUCCAGAGACAACCAAUCAGAAUCAAGAAUACAACACAGAAAACCAGACAGGGGAGACAACAACAUAUCAGCAACAACCGCAGCAGCAGCAACAUUACUCACAACCAAAUGAUUUCAGUAUGUACCACAAUGCAGGUCUCCAGUCAGAGGCAGGACACAGAAACAGUAUGUCAUCUAUCGGUACUGUAAGUAGUCACGCUGAUACAGAUGAUGAAGAAGGACUGGGAAACUCACAAAAAAAUGACUUUGAUUACUUUGGAGCAGCUACUAACACACAGAAAAUAGUACCCCCACGAUUAAGAAAGAGAACAGAAUCAGAGAGUAGUCAAGUUAAUAACAGUACCUCAAAGUCUUCAUCAGAACCCAGUACUAAGACAGACUCAAAAUCAGAUAUUACUGGGAAAAAAACUCAAGGACAGAGUAAAGGUUGGUUUGGUGGAGUGUUCAGUAAACUGUUGCCAAAAUCUAAAAAUGAAAUGAAAUUACCUGAUGACAGUGACCCAUCAAUUGUAUGGGAUCCUGUCAAAAAGAGAUGGACUAAUCAGGAUGGUGAUGUUGAAGAUGAAAAACCACCUCCUCCCCCUCCUAAAGACAUGGACUUAUCUUCCUCAGCAGCACCAAUGCCACCAUCUUCUGCAUCAACCCCUGGCAUGGGGCCUCCAGCAGGGAAUAGAUAUGGCAGACAAAGAGGCAGAGGUGCGAGAACCCAGUACGUAGAUGUGAUGAACCCUAAAUCUUCAUCAGGAGGAACAGCAUCAGUACCAUCCAAUAUAUUUAAUGUGAUGCCUUCUUCUGCCUCAUCACCUGCAAUAUUUAGCCCAAAUCAUAGUAAAGACACAACAGAUUCUAGUCAACCAGAAGUCAAUCUUGCUCAAUCUAAUGACCCCCCUAGUGACCAAAGAAUUCAUGCAGGAGAGACUGAAUCAACUGAGAUGCCUCCUCCAUCUUCAGGACCACCUUCCAUGCCUAUGUUAUUCAACCCAUCACAAAUGUCUUCAUCCUCGACAACACAGCCUGGUUUAAAACGAUAUAACCAACGACGAGUGUAUCCAAAGUCAUGAUCAUCUCCUUUCUAGUCUUUGUAUGUGCUAUGUCAUAUCAUUAAUCUGCUAUUCAACAAGAAUACAAUGAAAAGUGCUCAGUUGACCAUGAUCUGCCAUUUUAAGGACUAGUCUGUGGACCUUUAUUAACAUCAUUCAUUCAAAUCGUUACUGGAAAAUAUUUUAUGCGUUUGUUGUUAAUGUUAUAAGUGGCAGAGUAUAAAUGUAUUGAAGUUUGGAGUAAGAACUUCUGUAAGUAAGUGAAAUAGAACUGAAUACCAAUAUAUAAAGGCACUUGUUUAAAAAUACAAACAAUGUUUUGUGUCAUCCCAUAAAAUUUGUCAUCCAUUGAUGGUAUUGAGGGAAACCAUUUAUAAAUAAAAUCCAUCUGUAUAUUUUUAUUUUAAACAGUUAAUAUAUAUUUUGAGUGAUCAUUGGGAAUUAUGGAACUGUAGUUAUAGAUUUGUAGAAAAUUUGUGUUUUUGUCUUGGUUGAACCAUUAAACAACAUAAACUCAUGCACUAGAUCAUUGCAUCAGAUUAAUGUACAAGUCACUGUGACCUAUAUUUUUUUUUACAUGAGCAUUGUUUAUAUAAUUUACAACUGGUAUCAGUACAUACAGUGAAUGUAUUCUUAUCUGAUUAAUCCCAAGAAAAUAUUUCACCAAAGGAUUUUGGUUUGAAGAGGUUUUUAGUAGAAAAUGCAUUUCAAUGGUUAUAUAUUCUACAAAAAUCAAGAACUUUGAACCAAAACUAAGUAUGAACAUCUUUUAAGUGCCAUGUCAUAGUUUCAUUUUAGAAUGAAUGGAGAAACAUUUGACCUUCAUUUGUCCUUGUCCAGUAUAAACCUAUAACAUUCCUGUGUAUGUUGUGUGAAGUCCUUGUGUGAAGUCUUUCACUAGUUAUUCUCUAUUUCACAUCUAUGUUUAUAUUUUUUUAGUUCUUUCGUGCAAAUGUUUAUAAAUCAAUUUUUUUUCUUCAGUAAGAUCAGAUAUUGGCAAAUCUGAUACAUUAAAAUUAUUUCAUAUAGGAAGAAGUUUCAAUACUGUAUAAUGUUACUUUUCUUUCUGUUCUAAAUAUACAGCUUUCAUGUUAAUAUAUAAAUACUUUAAUAUAUUUAGUUCUCAGUAGUCCUUUUACUAUAAGAAACUGUUUUGUGGUAAAUAAAGGGAAGAAAUUACGGCAGCACAGUUUAAAGAUAUGAAGUACAGUGUAUAUUUGGAACCAGAAAACACAAGAUGCGACUUGGUUGAAAGGGCUAUUCUCUGGGCAGCUUUAUUAUGUAUCAUUUUCAAUCAAAACUUUAUGAUUUAAUAAAAUAAUAUAAUGAGAAAAAGUAAUAUUUGACAUAUAACGGUUAGCAAUUCUUUUUAACCCUUGAAUCAAUGAUUAGGACUAGAUCCAUAAAGUAAAAAAUGGAAGAUGUAAUACUUUAGCAAAAUUUUAUAUUUGCCAGUUUUUACUUA